UCUUGUCCUUCAGGCAGCAUUCCUGUUGGAGAGUGUUGACAGAAAGAAAGAGAAAAUAGGAGCGAUUUGGGGCCGCAGACCGAACCUUUUCACGCAGAAACGAAGAGCUGAAUGUCCGGAGAGUCUGCAGCGGGAUAUGGACAACUCUGGACCGAUGCAGGAAGAAGACAUGGAGCCCUAAGCCAACCUGUCCACCCAUCUCCAUCUGCUGCCUUGUCUCAUUGCUCCCCAAAACCAGCUCUCCCUCCCCUGCUGGGGUUUGGCUCAUACUCCUCUGAGGGAAGCAGAAGAAGGAAAACAACCCAAGUAGGAGGGAAUAGUAAACCUUUCCCAGCUGCUGUCCAGACACACACAUGCUGCAUUGCUGCCAUUCCCAAAUUUCUUGCUGUCUGUUCCAAAGGCACAACCACUAUCCCCCGUGUGAGCUAGCAGUUGGCACAGAGGAAUAACAGUAAGAGGCUCCUUCGUGUAGUCCUCCUCCUCCAGGUCAGAAGCUGCUUUUGGAGCUGUGAUAUCCCUCAUCAUAGAGCAUCCAGAAGGGGACCAGAGGAGGUGGAUAUCAGACUUUGGGAUGAUGGAGCCCAGCAUGGAGAACUGCCUGGCCCAGGUCCUGCAGAAGGACGUGGGCCGACGGCUGCAGGUGGGCCAGGAGAUCAUUGAUUACAUUUUGGACAAGGACAAGUCCCACGACUUAGAGCAGGACCAGACGGCGCUGGACAAGAUGGUUGAUGGCAUCGCCAGCUCCUGGGUCAACUCAAGCAAUUUUAAAGUGAAUCUGCUCGGCUUGGACCUCCUCUCAGCCUUGGUGACCAGGUUACAGGACAGAUUCAGGGCUCAGUUAGGAACAGUUCUGCCCAGCCUUAUUGAUCGUUUGGGAGACGCCAAAGAUCAAGUUCGAGAACAAGACCAAACUUUGCUGCUAAAGAUAAUGGACCAAGCUGCCUCUCCACAGUACGUGUGGGACCGAAUGCUGGGAGGCUUCAAACAUAAAAACAACCGGACCAGAGAAGGAGUGUGCCUUUGUCUCAUCGCCACGUUGAACACAUAUGGAGCUCAAGGCCUGACGUUAAGUAAAAUCGUUCCUCACAUCUGUAACCUGCUGGGGGAUCCCACCAGUCAGGUCCGAGAUGGAGCCAUGUGCUGUUUGGUGGAGAUCUACAGACAUGUGGGGGAGAGGGUGAGACUGGACCUCAGCAAGAAGGGUCUUCCUCAGUCACGGUUGAAUGUUAUCUUCUGCAAAUUUGAUGAAGUCCAAAGAUCUGGGAACAUGAUCCCAUGUUCUGGCUCAGAUAAAAACUUUGAGGAUGAAGACGAUGGAGGCAGGUCCUCCUCCUCCUCUUCCAAAGCGCCUCCUGGUGGGAGGAGGACGGUGAUAAGCUCUGUAAAAAGACCCAGUUCUGCUUCGUCUACAAAGCCCACAGGUAAAGAAGCAGGCGCUGGAGCUGUUGAUGAAGAGGAUUUCAUUAAAGCGUUUGAAGAUGUGCCAUCAAUCCAGAUCUACUCCAACAGAGAGAUGGAGGAUCAGCUGACCAAGAUCAGAGAAGUUCUGUCUGAUGAUAAACACGACUGGGAGCACCGGGUGGUUGCACUGAAGAAGGUUCGUUCACUCAUCUUGGCCGGAGCUACUGACUAUGAAGGCUUUCCUCAGCAGCUGCGGCUGCUGGAGGGGUCCUUAAAGCUGUCUGCUAAAGACCUGCGCUCCCAGGUGGUCCGUGAAGCCUGCAUCACCCUGGGACAUUUGUCUUCAGUCCUGCAGAACAAGUUUGACCAUGGAGCGGAGAGCGUCAUGCCGAUCCUGCUGAACCUGGUACCCAACAGCGCCAAAGUCAUGGCCACGUCAGGAAUGGCUGCCAUCCGCCUCAUCCUCAGGCACACCCACUACCCACGUCUCAUCCCCAUCAUCACCAGUAACUGCACCUCCAAGUCUGUGGCGGUCAGGAGGCGCUGUUAUGAGUUCCUAGAUCUCAUGCUGCAGGAAUGGCACACAAACACGCUGGAGAGACAUGUUGCUGUUCUGACGGAGACUAUCAGGAAAGGAAUACACGAUGCUGACUCAGAGGCAAGAUCCAUUGCAAGGAGGUGUUACUGGGGUUUUCAUGGUCACUACAGCCGGGAGGCCGAGCAUCUGUUCCACGCGCUGGAGUCGACCUAUCAGAAGGCGCUCCAGUCUCACCUGAAGAGCUCGGACAGCAUUGUGUCUCUGCCACAGUCGGACCGGUCCUCCUCAUCUUCACAGGAGAGCCUAAACCGACCUUUAUCUGUGAGGAGCGUCAUUGGAGGCAGCAUAACAAGAAGUAAACUGGUGAGCACCAGGGUUUCCACCACACCAGGCUCCCUCCAGCGUUCCCGUAGCGACAUCGACGUGAACGCCGCCUCCAGUGCCAAGUCUCGCCUCUCCAGCGUUCCCGCCUCCUCGCCGUUCAGUUCUGCUGCCGCCCUCCCCCCAGGAUCCUACGCCUCUUUAGACGGCGCUCCUGGUAAAAGUGAUGGUCGUGUUCGUACGAGAAGACAAAGCUCUGGCAGCGUGGGCGGAGCUAGUCCGUCAGUGGUGGACAGCAGGGGGCGAAGUCGAGCUAAAGUGGUCUCCCAGUCUCAACGAUCCAGAUCAGCCAAUCCCAUCAUCGCCGGCAGUCGCUCCAGUUCUCCAGGAAAGCUGCUGGGGCAGAGCAGCUACGGUCGGAUCCCCAGAGCCAUGGCAUCGGCUUCCAGCACGCCGGCAGACAAACGCAACAGAAUCCCUCGCAGCCAGGGCUGCAGCCGAGAGACCAGCCCCAGCCGCCUUGGCCUCGCCCGGAGCCGCAUUCCCCGUCCCAGCAUGAGUCAGGGCUGCAGUCGCGACACGAGUCGUGAGAGCAGCCGCGACACUAGCCCCGCUCGGGGCUUCGCUUCUCUGGCCUCCCGACGUCACUCCCGUUCAACCAGCGCUCUCUCCACACCAGAACCCCACGGCCAGUCAGAUCGGUACAGUUUGAUUCACCAAGCGAGAAUUUCUGCGUCAGUGAACGCCAUGAGGGUCCUGAACACCGGUACCGAGGUGGAGGCAGCUGUGGCAGAUGCUCUGCUGUUAGGAGACUCCAGGAACAAGAGGAAGCCGUUGAGGCGGCGUUACGAGUCGCCUGGCAUGUACUCUGACGACGACGCCAACAGCGAUGCUUCCAGCGCCUGCUCAGAGCGCUCGUACAGCUCCAGGAACGGAGGGAUCCCUCACUAUCUCCGCCAGACGGAGGACGUGGCUGAGGUCCUGAACCACUGCGCCAGCUCCAACUGGUCGGAGAGGAAGGAGGGCCUGCUGGGUCUGCAGAACCUCCUGAAGAGCCAGAGAAUCCUAAGCCGAGUGGAGCUGAAGAGACUCUGUGAGAUCUUCACAAGAAUGUUUGCAGAUCCUCACAGUAAGAGGGUGUUCAGCAUGUUCUUGGAGACUCUGGUGGACUUCGUCACGGUGCACAAGGAGGACCUGCAGGACUGGCUUUUUCUCCUGCUCACACAGCUUCUGAAGAAGAUGGGUGCAGACCUGCUUGGCUCAGUCCAGGCCAAAGUCCAGAAGGCUCUGGAUGUCACAAGGGAGUCGUUCCCAUUCGACCAACAGUUCAACAUCUUGAUGAGGUUCAUUGUGGACCAGACGCAGACACCGAACCUCAAGGUGAAGGUGGCCAUACUGAAGUACAUCGAGUCUCUGGCUCGACAAAUGGAUCCAACGGACUUUGUGAACUCCAGCGAGACCCGACUUGCGGUUUCUCGCAUCAUAACAUGGACCACUGAACCCAAAAGCUCUGAUGUGAGGAAGACCCUUCACAGCUGGGUGAGUGAGGAGCUGGCUGGCUGGUCCAGCUCUGCAGCACUUCUGCCCACCGAGGGUAACCUGGAAGAAAGGUGUAAGCAGGCGGCCCAGGUGGUGCUGAUCGCCCUUUUUGAACUCAAUACGCCAGAGUUUACCAUGCUGCUCGGAGCGCUGCCCAAAACGUUCCAGGAUGGAGCCACCAAACUGCUGCACAACCACCUGAAGAACUCAAGCAACACCAGCAGCAACGUGGGGUCUCCAAGUAACACCAUCGUACGGACGGCACCGCGCCACACCGCCAGCAGAACGAGCCCCCUGACCUCUCCAACCAACUGUUCCCAUGUAGGACUGUCCCCGAGUCGAUUGUGGGGUUUGGGGGUCGAAGGGCUGUCAAAGCACCCCCCCGCCCCUCCUCCACCCCCUCUGCCUCACUCCACCCCUGCUGCCCCGUGCCUCAGGGCCCUGCGCAGAGCCUUUUCACCCAGCAUGAUGGAGUACGACACGGAGAACAUGAACGCUGAGGAAAUCUACAGCUCCCUCCGAGGAGUCACCGAGGCCAUCCAGAGCUUCAGCUACCGGAGCCAGGAGGAUCUGAACGAGCCUCUCAGACGGGACGGCAAGAGGGACGAUGCCGUGGGAAGAGAAGGCGUAGCAUUGUCUCCAGGUUCUGAUGCCCGUCUGGGUUUAGACGUGGUGGAAGGCGGACGCACAGCUUUGGACAAUAAGACCUCUUUGCUCAACACGCCGUCACCACGCUCCUUCUCCGGGCCGAGGAGCCGCGAGUUCUCCCCGUUUGGAUACGGAGACACCAUCUGCACGUAUGACAAGAGCGCGCUGAAGGAGGCCGUGUUCGACGACGACGUGGAGCAGUUCCGGGACUGCCGGCGGCAGGAAUCUGGUGAAAACAAGACGAGUCUUCCCAAAGGCUUUGCUCCGGUCGGUCCGGACCACUCCGACCUGGUGGCCGACCUGCUGAAGGAGCUGUCCAAUCACAACGAGCGUUCGGAAGAGCGUAAAGGAGCCCUGGUGGAGCUGCUGAAGAUCACACGAGAGGACAGUGCAGCGGUGUGGGACGAACACUUUAAAACCAUCCUCCUGCUGCUGCUGGAGACGCUGUGUGAUAAAGAUCACACCAUCCGGGCUCUGGCUCUGCGCGUGCUGAAGGAAAUCCUGAGGAAUCAGCCAGCUCGCUUCAGGAACUACGCUGAGCUGACCAUCAUGAAGACCUUGGAGGCCCACAAAGACUCUCAUAAAGAGGUGGUCCGAGCGGCCGAGGAGGCGGCAUCCACGCUGGCUGGGUCCAUCCACCCAGAGCAGUGCAUCAAGGUUCUGUGUCCCAUCGUCCAAACCGCGGACUAUCCCAUCAACCUUGCCGCCAUCAAGAUGCAAACCAAAGUGAUCGAACGCAUCACCAAGGACUCCCUGCUGCAGCUGCUGCCGGACAUCAUCCCCGGACUGCUGCAGGGCUAUGACAACACAGAGAGCAGCGUUCGCAAGGCCAGCGUGUUCUGUCUGGUGGCCAUCUACUCUGUCAUUGGAGAGGAGCUCAAACCCCACCUGGCACAGCUCACAGGCAGCAAGAUGAAGCUGCUGAACCUCUACAUCAAGCGAGCCCAAACCACCAACAGCAACAGCAGCAGCUCCUCAGAUGUUUCAUCACACAGUUAAUGUGGGAACGUUGGUGGGUUUCCUGUCUCCUCGCCAACAUAACCCACCUUCUGCUGUGCUUUACCCCUGAAGUGGAACCAACCCCAUCCGCCUGUUGGUCCUCCUGCAGUUUCCCCAUCAGCCGUGUCACCUGGAGGGAAGCAGGAGAUUCUCUGGAGAUCUGCCCUUAGAGCCACACCAUGCCCUGAACCGUUGUCAUCAUGUGAUACACCAUUUGGCUUCCUGAAGCCGCUGCAUUGAUUGUGUUUUUUACUUGUUAGAAAGACGAAGUCAGUCGGUUCCACUCAGACAGGAAGGUCUGAGCUUCAGAACGGACAAUCCCAUAAACGAGACGCUGCGCAGUGACAGACCAUCCUCAUCUGUCCCCAAAUUUACAAUCAGGACACAAAGUUGGAGCUGAAGCUCCGUUUCUCUGUCAGUAACUAAGUGCUGCUAGUCUGAGCAUGCUCAGUGUGACUUUGUUUCCAGAGCAGGGAAAAUCAGCUGAUCUGGACUGAAAUUACAGUUUAAAAUUUUUAAAGUCUGUGUUGACUCCAGGGUUUAGAGACGUAAAUUAAGACACGAGCAAAAAUCUUUUAUUUAAAAGAAAGACUUCUAGGAAAAAUCAAGCAGUUAUUUGUUCAGAAGAUCUCUGGACCCUCUGAUUGGACAAUACGAGCUGAGUCACAAAUCAAACUGUCCAAUCACUGAGCAGAUGGUUUGGUUGCCUUAACUUGGGGAAUAGACAGCAUCUGGGUUGUGAAGGUGAUCCAGAGAUUGAUCCCAGAGUUCCCAGAACAGCUGGGAUAUACAGCCCUUCCAGGAAGUUCUGGGUCGCCCUUGGAGUCUCCUCCCAGUAGGUUGUACCUCGACAACAUCAGAAGGAAAGCUCUCUGAUUGGUCCAUCCCUGGUUAGAUCAUCUGCAGCUUGUUCUGGUCCAGCUUCAUUAUGGUGACCAUAAAAAGUCUGUUGAGCUGUUUUCAUGGUUUUGUUUAGAAGAACCACGCCGGGUCAUCUUCAUCUGACUCUAACUGGUGACCAUGUUCAGCUUCUGUUUGGAAACCAGGACUGGAACCACACAGCAGCUCAGAGAAGGUCAAUCUCUGGACUUCACAGCUCUUCUGUACAUAAACAUCGAUGGUGUUAACUAACUUUUGCACGUCAGUAAGUAACCUUGCAUGUGAGCAGCAGCACAUGUGGGCUCCGUCUCCUAUAAAGUGCACUUCAUCACAUUGGCCACGUUCUAGUUCCAGAAGAAUGACUCGAGCCCGGUUUUGUAGUUUAAUUUGGAGAAACAUUGGAACCUGCUGCGAGCUCCAGCUCCAGGAUUUAGUAGAAACCUUUUUGCUGCGGAUUAAUAAUCAGAUUUUAUUUCAGGAUGUCCAUCAUGUUUUAGUUCUUGUUGUCAAUGAGUUGGACCAGAUCUUUUUAUUUAAGGAAUGACUGUACAGGAAAUGAAUUGUUAACUUUUGGUUCGGUACUGAAAUGGACUUCAGCUCUUAGCUCUACGCGCACCGCCUCACUGCUCUUCAUUCUGGCCUAAUUUAUUUGUUAUUUUGGAGGAAGAAGAAGAUCUGUACUCUCGCAGUCCUGCUGGCAGCAGAAGGGACGUUAUGCUGAACCUGUUCAUUGCUUCCUGUUGCUGCACUCAUGCAAUAUUCAGACUUGUAUUUAUAUAUUUUAUUUGAUCAGGUUUUAUUUCACGUGGUCCUUACGUUGAACUGUACAGAAGUUCUUUCGUUAACAUCCACCUGUGACAGAUUUGCCGCGAUGUGAAGAAACUGUUUACUCAGAAAUAAACAGAUUGAGAAAUGAA